AUGCCUAGUCUUGACACUCCCCUUUUGCGGUCUGAGCCUGCUUCAUCAUCUGGUGCGCUUGUGAGCCGUCUGCUUAAUGAAAUUAAACGUACGACCGUGUUGACUUUCAAGUCUUCUCCAGUCAAUUAUCUUGCAAUCUUUGUUCCUAUUGGUAUUGCAGCUGGUAUACUCGAUUGGUCAGCCAAUGCUGUUUUCUGGAUUAACUUCCUUGCAAUUGUUCCAUUGGCCUCAAUAUUAGCCUUUGCUACUGAAGAAUUGGCCGAACAUGUGGGUGAAACCGUUGGAGGCUUACUUAACGCAACUUUCGGUAAUGCCGUUGAACUUAUCGUUUCAAUUAUCGCUUUGAAAGAUAACCAGAUUCGUAUUGUACAAGCAUCAAUGCUUGGUUCUAUUUUAUCUAACUUGUUAUUGGUGUUGGGUUGUUGUUUUAUAGCUGGAGGCUUCACUAGAGUGCAACAAACUUUUAACCAAACUGUUGCUCAAACAAUGUCUUCAUUGAUGGCAUUGGCUUGUUCAGCACUUCUUAUUCCUGCUGCCUUCCAUGCCAGUUUACCUACUACAAAAAAGGACGAUGAUGGUUUCCCGGUUCCUGGCUCCAGUGACCAAUUGGUGUUAUCACUUUCAAGAGGUGUUUCAAUUAUCUUAUUGGUGGUUUAUAUGCUCUACUUGUUGUUUCAAUUGAAAACUCACAAACAAUUAUUUGAAGAACAAUCCAAUGAAGGUGACGAUGUUAUUAUUACUGCCUCCACUUCAGAAUCUUUUGAAGAUAACAAGACCAAAGAACCUUUACCUAUUGCUAGUUCCUUCACAGUUCUCGUAGUUGCUACAGUUUUAGUUUCAUUAUGUGCUGAUUACUUGGUUGGUUCUAUUGAUGACAUUGUUGAAAGUUCCGGAUUAUCCAAAACUUUUAUUGGUUUGAUAGUCAUUCCAAUUGUUGGUAAUGCUGCUGAACAUGCAACUGCUAUUAUUGUGGCUAUGAAAGAUAAAAUGGAUCUUGCAAUUGGAGUUGCAGUUGGGUCUUCAUUGCAAAUUGCAUUAUUCGUUACUCCAUUCAUGGUCGUCGUAGGUUGGAUUUUUGAUGUUCCAAUGUCACUUUAUUUCUCAACGUUUGAGACAGCCAUUUUGUUUGUAUCUGUUUUCAUCUCCAACUUAUGUAUUUUGGAUGGUGAAUCCAAUUGGUUAGAAGGAACCAUGUUGAUUGCUACUUAUUUAAUAGUGGCCAUUUCCUUCUUUUACUACCCCGAUUCUGCUGGAAACUUGUAA